AUGGGUGGAUUGAACAAUAAGUCCGUGUUGCUAUUGGCAUUGUUGUUGCAACUAUUGUUGGGCAAUGCUCCUGUUGUUGCUACCAAAGAGGUGGCAGAAGCUUACUUUGAUGGGUUUGUGGAAACCACCGAACAAGCUGGAUACACGGAUUGGUUGAAUGCCAACUUUGGUACAUCCUACUCACAACAUUCCUUCUUGUCGACUUCUUCCGCCACUGGGAGUGGAGCUGCUGUCUUUUGGACGAUCAACGGAGACGAGAUCAGCUUUGCCGUUGCCGCUCGCGCUACUGGGUGGCUAUCCUUUGGCAUUUCUGAAGCAGGAGGUAUGCUGGGAUCCGAUGUUGUCUAUUAUGAGACAGCCAAUCCAGAUGAACUCGUAGAUUCUUAUAUUAUGGAGGCCCGAGCAGCCCCAUUGAAGGAUGACUGUCAAAGCUGGAAUUUGAUUGCCAAGACGAUCACGGACGAUGGUUGGAUGAUCUUGGAAGUCAACCGAAAAUUGGACACUGGAGAUACUCAAGAUCACACGAUUAAAAUUGACGCUGGCGGCUUUGUCGCACCCACAAGAUUGAUUGCUGCAUGGGGUGAUACCCCAACCGUGUCCUUCCAUGGAACCAAUGCAGCACGUAACUCAGUUCGCUUGUUUGCUGAUGGUUCUGUGAGUGUGAAAGAUGCCUUGCUCACUCAAUUGAACAGUACUACCGUCGGCAUAUUUGAUGUGAGAGAGAGUAACUACGAAAUCCCUGGCCAAGAUACGACCUAUCAUGAGGUUUGCAGAACUGCUGCCGAUAUCCUGCAAGAAAUCGGAGUCACGGAAACACCCCUCACGAUUAUCGGCGCAAUGCCUGUUAUUUCGGAGGCAACCAGAGCCUAUAUCCACCACUUUACUGUCUACUCGAAGGAAGAAUGUGGUGUGGGUACCUACGAUCGAUCAAUGAUUUAUGCUUGGGCUCCUGGAGACGAAGGAUGGGCGCUUCCAGACAAUGUUGGAUUCCCACUGUUCGAAGUCGCCGAUCGUCAAGCCAUCAGCAUUGAAAUCCACUACAACAAUCCUGAAUUGGUUCAGGGGGAGCUCGAUUCCAGUGGGCUAAGAUUCUUCUACAUCAAUGGAGAAAGAGAACAAAGAGCUGCCAUCUUGGAGCUUGGAGAUCCAACUGUGUCUCUUUUUGGUGAAACAAUCAGCGAUGGCUUGACCCAGUAUGAGUUUUCAUGUCCAAGUGCUUGCUCGAGUGCUGUAUUGCAACAGCAGGGUGUGACUGUCUUCGGUGAAUAUUUGCAUAUGCAUCAAACUGGUGUUCGAAUGACCAAUGACGUUAUCCGUGACAACGAGGUUGUGCACACCAGUAAAGUGGAUGUCUUUGAAUUCGACCAACAAGGUGCCUUCCUUGUCCAGCAAGAGCCAUACGAGGUUAAACCUGGAGAUGCAUUCCGGACAUCUUGCUACUACCGAGACGGUGCAGAAUUCGGCUUAUCGUCGCAAGAAGAAAUGUGCAUUGCCUAUGUGCUCUAUUAUCCAGCACAAGAGGCUGGUGGUUUCCCAUGGAUGUGCCCGUAUGGAAUUGGAUUUCCAAUUUGUGACCAACAGCUCGUUCCAUCUGAUUUGCAAAAUAAUAUUCAGGCUCUCAAUCGUGUCUUUGGAACUCCAAGUGACACAUGCGCCGGUGGUGGCAGUGUCGAUCCUACUGAUCCUCCGACUGAUCCUACUGCCAACAAUUCAACAACUCUUGCACCAACAUCAAGUACUGCUGGAAGAACAACUGGAGUCAAUACCGUCUUCUUUACCACUCUCAUCGGAGCUGCAUUCCUAUUUCUUACUGUUGGACUAUAA